GAAGCGCCCAUUGCAUACUUCCGAGGUUGUUGUCGAAGUUGUUGCUAGCUGAGAUCAAGAACUUUCCUCUCUCUCUCACCCUUUACUUUCUGCUACAGCCUUUUCUGUUGUGAUGUUUUCGAUUCGGGGCCCGUAUUAAAUCCUAACUGUUCUGCAAGCUCUGCUCUUGCUUUCUGACCUCUACAAGACUUCGGUAACGCGACGCGACGCGGCGAUUUGCUAUUUCAAGUCGGUUGCUCAGUUAUGUCAGACCACAGGGAUGGGCCAGCUGUGCUGGUUCUCCUUUCAUUCUUCGCCCAUUCGUUCUUUGGUUGCUGUAUCCCUCGCUCUUUCCUCUCAACGCUGUCAUUUCUUGUUAUAAUUGGGAUUUCUGCAAUCUUCAAGUCUUGCUUUGUCUAUGCACUACCUAUAGCCAAGAAUGGACAAAUCUUCACGAAUGCACUCGCUAUUAUCGAUGCACCCCAAAUGAAUAGGUAUGUUGAGAUUUGUUAUAAUAGCGAUCGAUGCAUGUUUAAAUUUCACCACCCACAUCACAGCGUCCAGCAUGCUGGAAGCAACCUUGUGCUUGCUAUAGACGUUUCGGGAAACGGGAAAAUAUCACAAGCAGCCUCCAUUCCCAACUCUGGACUACCCUAUAGUUUCCAAUCCUUGAAUAUCUUCCUCGUAUCCACGCAGGCCUCGCUCAAUCUAACGAUUUCAGAGGGGCCGGACUUCCUCACACAAGAACCGGGGAGUACCGUUAAACAUCUGAACUGGCCGAUACCAAAAUGUGUACCAGCAGACCAAUACAAUCUUUCGUUUUAUGAGACAUCCUUUAUACAGGGGGAAUCUCACUUUACCAUCACUACAUACCCAGUCUCAGUCGAGAAUACCUCGCAAAACGGAACAUGUAGCGAGGGCAUAAAUCCCCUCCUACCGACCCCCCAAACUGACUAUGCUCCUGGGAUCAGCCCUUGGCUGGACCCAAGUAUCACUACUUUUAACCCAUCGGGCACAGAGUCCCCGGCCACCGCUACCACGCCUUAUAUGCCGGGCAUUAUCACAGUUACAGUGGGCCCCUCUGGAAUGGUGGCAUGGCCUCUGACAGUGAUACCGUCAGGUAUUCCAACGACAGUAUAUGUCCAACCCACUUCCCGACCCUCUGCCUCAGCGAACGUUGUCACAGUCACUCAGUUUCUUGGCACGACGACGCUGCUCGCGGGCAUGGGAUCCGCACAAGGAGAGGCAGUUACGGUUACUGUUUCUCCUACACCUGUCACCGUGGUAUUCGUCUCAGUGGAAACCAUGAUAAGCACAACCACUGCACCAGGUACUACACAGAUACUGACUUCAACACGCACGUUACCUAUGAUGACGACUACUGCUAUGGUGGGACCAGACAAUGCAGCUGGCAGUAAUUCGUUUAUUCCCAUAAAUGCUGCUUUGCCUUCCGUUCGUACUUUGUUUUCUUUCUGGACAUGGUUUGUCCCAUUUAUAGUCGCUUCUGUGAUGCUCUCUAUAUUGUAACUGCGAGCCUCAUCGGAGCUAUAUCUUGGUGCUAUGAGUAGUAGAGUGGUAUUAACUAUGUAUUUCGUAUCUGUUGUGACAAGGUUGCCUUCCGACAGUUUCAGGCGUCUCAACGUUGUUGUAGGUAAUACACUUGGCGUAACGUAAGACCGAGAUAUCCAGAAAGGUACUGAUACACAAAUUACAACAAUAACUAGAAAUACAGAUCCCAUACAGGUAUAUAUAUAUAUAGCUAGGUAACUGUGGCCAUCUGAGACUCCAAAAGUUUAAGAUGAGGCAUACCACAUGCUCCACGCUGCCAGUCUUUCACCAGACGAUAUUUCCUUGGAACAGUGCACCCUGGAGCAUUGCAUAGUGGUUGCACCUGUUUUAAUUCGGGGCGGGCGGUUUCUGUAUCGACAUCCAUUCCUAUUCCGGUAGAACGGCUCUGUGGUAAAACAGCAGCAGGGACAGAGAAUGACAACGCCAUUUGCUUCGUGCUUUCUCCAUCGCCAUUUGUUUCAGUCUUCACUUUUGAGACCCAGCGAUACAUGGUGGGAAGUACGAGCGCCGGAGUUUCACUUCCU